ACGCGACAGAGCACGACAUCCGACGAUCCGCAUACGGUGUAACAGUCUAUUUUUCGCUGCCGGGAAUACUUAUAUAUCUCAACGAAAAGCUUAGCUCGACCAUUCCGUAACUAUCGCGACGUACACCCUUCAUAAUAUUUAGUAAUUAUCAGCACAUUACUAAAGGUGGUUGUCGCAGAACUCACGAACCGAGUCGAUUUUGUUAACAUUUGAGAGUGAAAUGGACUGCUUUUGCAAUAAAAAGAAAUGUGCAUAAAAAAUAAUAAUAAAGAAUAUGCAGUAUAUAACAUGUAGUUAUUCUAAUUAGUGAUUUAAUUAACAUAGACUGCAAGAUUUUUAAUAAUUCUGUGUAAAUUAAUAUGUAAACUAAAUAAUAUAUGGUGCAAAUCUGUACAUUAAUCGUAAUUUUAUUAAUAUAUACUACAUAACGUGUAAGCAUUAAACAUAUAAACACGAUUUGUAGACAAACAUCAUUACGUCAAAUAUAAAAAUCAAAAACAAAAGUGUGUCUUGGUCAAUACAAAAAUAAUCUUAGAAAAGAGUGUGUGAAGAAGAACUAACUCUAAAUGAGAAUGGAAGACCCAAACCUCGCCGAACAGUAUGUGCAGGAAUUCGUGCUCGAUCACCUGGAGGACGGUUCAGCAACUGUUACAGCUAUUGGAGUGAAACGUGAAGAUCACAGUCCAGUAGCAGCCCCAAAAAUUACUUGGACAACUACAACAAUCACUCCAGAGGAAGAGGAAACAACUAAUCCACCCGCCAUCAAGAUGCGAUCUUUUCCACAAAGCUGGCAUAUAGACGAUCGCCGAUUGCAGCCAUUAUCUCCACCACCGGAAAUCUAUACGCACGGACCUAUGGCAGGGCAGGCAAUCCUUGUGAACACAUCGGUGCCUGGUGGAGUUCCAUCAACACCGCCUGAAACCCCACCUGUUAUUAGCUCUCCUAAUGGAAGUACUUGUGCCCAAACGUAUGCCACAAUUACAAGUGCUUCGUAUCCAACACAUCGUCCACCUACCGCCAACGCUGGUCUCACACAAGAAAUGAUGUGGCUACCUAACUCCAUGCGUUCAGAUCCUCAGCCAUUAGACUUACGACCGCUUGCUUGUCCCACUCAUGAGGAGGAAUGGGAGCGACAACGUGAAUACAUGCAUGCCACAGCGUCAGUUGUGGCCGCCAAUCAUCAUCAUGGACAAUUGGUGGCACAAUCCCAGCACCAUCCCCACCACCAUCAUCAUUUUCAAUCACUAGAGCACUUAGCACCCAUCAACAUGCAUACGCCUUAUCACAGUGGUAUACCCAACGGCGCUACCAGUCUUAGCAGUGGUGGCAAUGACAGUCAGGCACCAUCUAACGCUCCAAUUACCACUUCAGUGGUUCACCUCAAUCGACCAAUGUCGGUCUGCUCUACUCGAUCAUCCACAAAUUCACCGCGCACCUGCUCCAGACAAUAUAGCACUUCAAGUAAUUUAGGUCUUGACGACUGUAUCAGUGAUGAUUUGCUAACGACUUUGAGCGUACGAGAAUUAAAUAAACGCCUGCAUGGAUGCCCCCGUGAAGAAGUGGUGCGGCUCAAGGCUAAACGUAGGACGCUGAAAAAUCGUGGAUACGCGCAAAGCUGUCGUUCAAAACGACUGCAGCAACGGCAUGAGCUGGAGAAAACCAAUCGUCAGUUGAAUCAGGAUCUGCAUCGUUUGAAAUUAGAAUUUUCGCGUGUUUGUCAAGAGCGCGAUCACUUAAAACAACGUCUGCAAAUACGAACGAGCGGAAGUAGUAGUGGUGUAAUUGCUGCUCUAGCGAAUGCUAGCGAUGGCAGUACACCAGGUGUGAUCACCGUUGGUCAACCACAUUGUAAUGCAGAGAGUCAAAAUUCGCCGGAGUUUUAUCUCUGACGCCAACUUGCUAUCGGAGGAGAACAUGCGGCAGCCGCCGUUGCAGUGGCCGCAGCAUCCAGCCAUCAUCUGCCACACACGCAACCUUUACAUCGGCACUCACAUCAAUGGCCAUCACGCUACCAUCAGCAUGUACACCAACAACCAACAAGCACUGUAAUAAUCUGAAUGCGAUGUAUAGAAAAUUACUGAUAUUUUAUAAUUAGUGCACGCCGUUUUUAGUGUAAAGCAUUAAAAUAGUAAUUAUUACUUAAAACUUUUCUGUGACUUUAGUCGGCAAAAACAUCAAUGUUUGUAAGUAAAAUGAACACAAAUAAUUAUUUGAUACGUCUCCCAUUGCUCUGAGUGCUCCUAAUAACAUAUAGGCAUAUCCCAAAAACAAUUUGUAAAUAAAGUUGAACUUUCAUAUAUUCGAAUCUCUAUAACUCAAAGUUCUCCAUAACUCAUAAUCUUGAAUUGGCAAUAGAUGUAAAAUUUCAAACAAAUUUCCUUCCGUAACUCGAAGUUUUUUGUGGAUUAUGGUGA